UUGAGGAUGGGAGGGGUGGGGGACGUAGGCGGCUGCUGAGUAGGUGAUUGAUCACAUGGGCCCUCCGGGCUGUUCUAUAAGGCUGCUCCAUAAGGCUCCUCCUUGGCCUCCCAGGAUCCAGGCCUUGCCCCUGCACCGGGAGCUGCUGAGGGUCCUCGCGGUCCCGCCUGGAGCAGACCUCAGUGCCCCAAUGUGGCCGCAGCGCACUUAUGCCCGCCGGCCGCGACGGCCCGCAGGGAGGCUGAACCACACCCCGCCACCGCCAGGGCUCUGCCGCGGCCUCCCCGAGCCCCAGUCCCGCGACGCGCCGGGCCGAGGAUCAAAAGGAAAACUUCAAAUGAAAAUCUUACCAAAGUUGAAGGAGAAUGUCGAGGCAACACAGUUAUAUGAGAAUCCCACUACAGAAUACGGUAUGCAGUUGAAUGUUGCACACCAAAAAAAUCUACAAAAAAGUCACAUUAAUGAGGACGCCAAGAACAAGAACUCUUUUGCACUGAAGGAAUCAAUGACUGAUCUCCAAAGUGAAAGUAAUCCAGUUAACACUCAAAUAAGUUCAUGUAUAACUUCAUCAAGUGAUAUUUCUCUGUCUCUUCUAAGAUCUGAUAUGGAUUUUUGUUUAGAAACCACCAGCUUUGAAGAUAGUUUAAGUAGUCUUUCAUCACCUGAAAUAUUCAGGGGAGGAGAGUUUUCAGAUAUUAAUGAUUCUACUACUGAAGACUAUCUAAAAUACAAGAAUUCUACUUUUCUGGAUGCCAGCAGAGCAGUAGCUAUAGAGAAUAUGCAGCAAUUUUCACAUCUUUCAGCAAUUUUAGAUAACUCCAUUUGUAAGAUUUUGCCUGAAACGGAAAAAACUCCAGAUAUUAUGAUCAAGCAAACAAACUUCUGUGUCCCUGUUGGUAAGAAAAAGAGAGGAUUUCUGACAAGCUCUCCAUCAUCAGAUACAGGCAGUUUUGAGAUUAAUUUGUCCCCUGUACAAAAAUUAUCUUCAGAAGGAGAAUUAAAUCCAAAUACAAGUAAUUAUGUAUAUUCAGAUGAAAUUGUUCCUGCAUCAAGUUUAGAAGAAGAAAAAGAUUCUUGGGAGUCUCAAAGUAUUGCAUCUGAAAUGUGCUGUAUUAUUAAAUCAUCACCAGGAAAUGAAUGUGGAAAGAUAUUAUGUUGCUGUUCUAAAAGAGUGUCUAAAGAUAUGAUAACUGAGCCAGUGGAUAAAGAGAGAUUAAAAAUUAGGGCAAGAAUGAACACUACUGAAAAGACAGAAGUGAAGUGGAGAGAAGAGGUGAUAGAACCAAGGGAUCAAGUAAGGGAGUUGAUAUGGCAAACAAACUCCUUUGUCAGCAUUGCUGAGAAAAAUAUGAAAUUACUGAGAUGCUCUCCAUCAACAGAGACAGGAAACUUUGAGGCUCCAUGUCUUAUAUCAGAAAUGUGUUGUAUUGUUAAAACAUCACCACAAAUUAUAUAUACAAAGAAACCACGUUGCCUGCCUAAAGGAAUGUCUAAAGAUAUGGUGAAGAAGCAAGUAGGUGUGGAGAAAUUAAAAACUAAGGCAAGAAUAAAUCCAAUCAAAGAGUCAAGCAGCCAGUGGAGAGAGAAGAUGAUGAAAUCAAAGGCUCAGUUAGAAAGAGCUAUCACUGCCAAGAUUCCAUGCAUUACAACUGAAAUGUGCUGUAUUGUUAAAACGUCACCAAGAAUUAGAUGUAUGAAGAUGCCAUGUUGUCCUUCCAAAAGAGUGUCUAAAGAUAUCCUAGGGAUAGAUGACUGUGAUGACUGAGCUUUUCAUUGCUGUUCAAGAUUAGCAUGUGAAGAAAAGCCUGAAUUUACCUAACUGAAAUGAGUGGCAAUGAUCCUCGUCCAGAUUCUCAAUGAAAAGUACCUUUGUUGCCGAGCUAGAUAUAUUUUUUCUGUAUUCCAAUUAUCUUUUUAAAAGUUUUCAUCUUUUUCUUUUGGACUGUUAAAUAACCUUCUCUUUGGCAUGUUAUCACAGGAUGCCAUUUACUUUGAAAAGGAAAACUGAAUUUAUAUGUAGCUGAAAUUGGAAAGUGAGAUCAUCGUGUACAAAACCAAAAGAUGUUUGCUUAUGGAAUCAGCACUGGGUAGUUAUAUAAGGUCCUUUGUUUUUGGUGUCUGCUUAAUAAAUAUAUUAAGUAGUUUUUCAAAGGUAUUUCUUGUUCUGUUUGGAUUAAAAGUACCAAAGUCUUAAAGCAUUGUAAAUGAAAACCCUUUUAUUAGAAGCUAUUUUUAACUGAACCUAAUUGAAACCACAUGAGUGGGAGACCUAAUUCCAUUUCUGUCUGACUCCAAAGAAAUUCUACCCCCAUAGCUCAGCAAAGUAAGGAAAGUAGAACACAUACAAGUGAUAAUGAAAUGCAAAGUAUUUUAUACAUUGUCACUCCAAAUUGGCUGAUUCUGCAACUUAACUCUUUGAUAGUACUCUCACAGAACAUGAAUAGUUUUUAAUGAUAAAGAGCACACUUGUAUAAUCCUGUUAACAUCAAUUCUCUCUCUCGUUUUACUAAUACAGAAACACAAAAUAGAGCACAAUGCUCAA